AUGAAAGAAGGAGAGGAGAGUGACAAUGAAAGUAGUGAAAAAACUAAAACAAAAGAAAAUGAUGAAACGAAUAAAAGAAAUGAAUCAGAAAGAAGUCAUUCAUCAAGUAAAAAGAAAAAUAAUUCAAAAGGAAAAAAGAAAGGUUCAAAGAAGAAAGGUGGAAGUAAAAAACAAAAUGUUUCACCUUCUAUUAAUGAACCUAAAAAAUCAGAUGUUUUAGAACCAUCAUCUAAACCACCCUCUCGUCCUAUUCCUAAUAAUAAAAGAAGAGUAAUUAUUGAUCCAUUAGAACAACUAGAAAAUAAUGUAAAAGACUUACACAAACUAUAUUUAAUGCUUGUAGAAAAAGCUAAUAUUCAACUCCAAGUAUUAAAUGAACGAAAAAUAGAAGUUCAACCAAUAGUAUGUCAAUAUCCAGAUUCAUAUUUUAUGGUUGAUCAUUAA